UGCGUCUCUAUAAAAGGGACUGACGAUUACAGGCUAAGUACAAUCCGGCGCAAACGUCGCCGACCAUCAUCACAUGGGAUAUUAUUACACCCUUCAUACAGUUAUCAGUGCACUGCGAAGAUGAUUAAAAUGGAGAUCAUAUGUUUACUGGGUGUGGUUGCGUUGGCGGUAGCAGCACCACAAGGUCCUGGGGAUAAAGUCAUAGCAAUUAUUAAGCAAGAUUUUGACCAACAAGCAGAUGGAUCUUAUGUUUACAGUUAUGAAACUGAAAACGGUAUCAAGGCUGAUGAAACAGGAACCUUGAAGAAAGCCAGCGGCCCUGACAGUAAUGACGUCAUAGUAGCCCAAGGAGCGUUUAGCUACACGGCGCCUGAUGGAACAGUCAUCAAUCUCAAUUACGUAGCUGACGAUGAAAAUGGAUUCAGGCCAGAGGGUGCCCAUUUACCAACACCGCCCCCGAUACCGCCAGCAAUCCAAAAGGCUCUCGACUACCUUGCCACGCUUCCACCGCCGCCACCAUCCCGGGCUUAAUAUACCAAUCACUGAUGACCUACAGCUGCGAUUCUGGUCAAUGAUGUCUCAUACCACUUUGAACACGAGUUUGUAUAAAAUUACUUUUAUCCCUUUAACAUAAAGCAACACUAGCUCGUUUUCAAAAUGGUACUUACUCUAUAAUAAGUAAAGCAUAAAAAAAUCAAUAAAAAUAAAUGCUCAACAAUUGAUCUGUGAUAAACAUGAAUGUAUGCAUGUAAACAAAUUAUUUUACCAAUACGAUAUUAUUUAUUAUUUAUUGAAUAAAUGCAAAAACAGUGCCAAAGAUGCAUUGCUAAUUA